AUGCCCCCUGUCAACCUUAACCUAUUCUCUCCACCCUUUGAUAUUGAUGACAUGUUAAAGGAUGUCACCAUAGAAGAAACAUGUGAUGGCAGGUUAUGUGUGCCUGAUGACCCUGUGGAGGACUUGGAGUGGUUCCCGGCCCUCUACGAUGACUCACUGGUAUUCAACUUACUACCCAAUGGUGGAGACAAGAAGAGUGAGCUCUGUGAUGCUUUAACUGAUUGGGAAGUGCCCAAGAAGCGGAGGACCAGACAGGUUGGACGAAGAACAUGGUCUUUAGACCCCCCGGAGCGCCUUCUCUAUGGCCACCUGUUAAAGGAUGGUGUUCAUUUCGACAUGCUGAAGAAGUGCACCCACUGCAUCACAAGGGAGACGCCACUAUGGAGGUCUGGGCCUGAUGGGCCCGGGACCCUCUGUAAUGCUUGUGGAAUCCGCUACAAGUCCCGGCGGCUCCUGCCAGAGCACCAACCUGCAUCGAGACCUGCCCGUGGUACUACUGGUUAUGCAGCCACUCACAAGAAGGUUUGCAAGGUGAGAAGGGGGAGGAAAAGCAAGAAGAGCAAUGGCCAUAUUUACUGA